UUCAAUUACUAAAGCGCGAAGCCUUUACCACGUUAAAUAAAACGUAAGUUGUUAUUGAAUGUUUCAAGGUCAAACCUUGGAAACUGUGUUAGUCUUGAAUGUGAUUCCUAGAUUUGUACAACAUUCGUUUUAAUUCAAAACGCCAUUAUUCUGUGUACAUCAAAUUCAUUGUUCUAGUAAGCGUCAAGCUUGGAGCGCAGGGAACAAAACUCUUGCCCUUGUCAUGAUAUGUUUUCCAUUACAUAAGAUACAUGGGAGAGAGUUACGAUCGCGACGUCAUGAUGAAGCAUAGAGAAAAUGAAGGUAGUAGCAUCUGUUCGUGUUGCCUUGAUGUCCAAUCCUAUUCACAUUCUCUCAUUCAAAAGUUUUUAAUCGAGAAAUUUAAAGCGCGCUGGCAAGAUGGUAGGAUUGGGUGUUGUUGGUGGAGCUGCACUGGAAAGCGCCAGCAAAUUUACUGCUGGCGCUUAAGAGAGACCGCGAACAGCUCUUCAGUCGUACCUUACCAAUUUAUCGUAUUCAAUUAAAGUUUGAUACGGUGCAGCUUUCAUAUGCUCCAAACUUGU